UAGGGGGACCUCCUAUCCACAGAAAACCGGGCUUUAAUUCCGUUCACACAGCGAGACCCCGACAGAGUCCACCACUGAUUCACGCACCCUGGAUGCACCAUUACGGAUUUAUUGCUUUUUACAGACUGUUUCAACUGUAAUGAUCUGCUCUGUGAAACUCGAGUGAGGCAAACAUCCUGCAUGGAGGAUGAGAGGGAGGAAUUAAUCACGGGGAGGAACAAGAUGAGUAAAAAGUGGGAAUAAAGCAGUAGGUUCAGUGUGUGUGGAUGAGGCUGUGAGAGUGUGAGUGGAUCAGGAUGACGAUGAAAGGCUUGUCCUCCAGUCGCAGUCACCACCACACACUUACACACUGCGACCCCUCCUAUGACUCUUUGACACUCCGUCACGACCGACGCCCUUAUGUCCUCAACCCCGCCCACUCAAAUGACCAUGACUACUAUGGAUGCCAGUCGGACCUGUCCAGCAGCACAUUUCCGCGACGACAUCACAACUCACAUCCAGAGAUGAAGGACGAAUGUGCAGUAGUGCCAUAUGUCGGACUAGGGGUAAUGGCCGGGGGAAGUGGGUGUGGCCCAUGUGGCAUCCCCCCAUCCCUACUGGAGCAGUUCGACCACCAGCAACCAGUGCGAAAGGACGGCUAUCACACGUUGCAAUACAAACGCACAGCGGCCCUGGAGCACCAGCGCAGUGACAGUCCUGGGCGAAUACGGCAUCUCGUACACUCUGUUCAAAAACUGUUCACCAAGUCCCACUCCCUGGAAGGUCCUAGCCAACGUAGCCUCAAUGGCAAUGAUCCCACCAUCCCAGACGAUGCUAUGGCUACUGCUGCCUCCCACCCUAAUGUCUCCACAAUGACCGUAGGCACCUUGCACAAGACAUCAAGCAACAAACGAGGAAAAAGCAAGGAAAGGAGUCGCUCUGAGCCCAAACCCCAUGCUCGCUCGCCCGGCUCAGGUUACUGGAGCUCUGAUGACACUCUAGACAGGGAGAUCUGCCUGUACCACCAGCACCAAACCUCUGGAGUAAUGACCAUGGGGCGUCAUCCAGACAAAUCUCAGUCCCACUACAUCCUGGGUCAGAACUACAACACACUAGGUGGUGGACGUUCCUCUCUGAAGACAUCACGCAGCAACAACGAUGUUGUAAGCUGUACCACAUGCUCUAAUGUCACAGGAGGCACGUUGGCUAUCAGAUGUCCAACACCGAUGGACCAGGUUGGGCCUCUAGUGAAGAAGAGCUCCUGGUCUAGCACGCUGACGGUGAGCAGGGCCCGAGAAGUUUACCAAAAGGCCACGGUCAAUAUUGAUAAAGCCAUAGUCAAAGCACAGACCUGCCAGCAGGGACGAACCUGCCAGUUUUUACAGGUUCCUCAGGAUGAUUGGGGUGGGUUCUCAUCCAUGGGUCAGGAUGAUGAGAUCCCAUGCAGACGGAUGCGGAGUGGAAGCUACAUAAAGGCCAUGGCAGAGGAUGACAGCGGAGACUCCGACUGCAGCCCUAAACCCUCGCCCAAAAUCCAGGCACGGAGAGCCAGCUACCUUAAAGCAACCCAACCCUCCCUUACCGAGAUGACCACGCUCAAGAUCAGUACUGAGUCACACUCUCCCAAGCUGCAGAUUCGGAGUCACAGUUACCUGCGAGCGGUGAGUGAGGUUUCAAUCAACCGCAGUUUCGACAGUCUGGACCCAGCUGCCCUGCUGGCCUCACCCAAAUUUCGCUCCCGAAAUGAGAGCUACAUGAGGGCCAUGAGUACGAUCAGUCAGGUGAGCGAGGUGGAAGUGAACGGACAGAUAGAGGCCGUGUGUGAGAGUGUUUUCAGUGAGAUGGAGUCGCAGGCAGUGGAUGCUCUUGAUCUGCCGGGGUCCGGAUGCUUCCGCAUGAGGAGUCACAGUUAUGUGCGAGCCAUUGAAAAGGGCUGCUCACAGGACGAGGAAGAAGAGGAGAGGGCAACGCGUCAGGCCAUCUCACCACCUCGAACUGCAACUACUGUCAGAACCAUCCAGAGCAGCACAGUAUCAUCAUGUAUAACCACUUACAAGAAAACUCCACCCCCGGUCCCUCCCAGGUCAACACCCACCAGACCAUACAUCUCCAUAACAGCCCAGAGUAGCACAGAAUCAGCCCAGGAUGCCUACAAUGAGCUAACAGGCUCAGGCCCUUCUAACCGGGCCUUAGCAGCGGCCCAGUCUGGCCACAGCAACUCCACAGAGAGCAUCGAUAGCAUGAAGGCUCUGACGGCAGCCAUUGAGGCAGCAAAUGCUCAAGUCCAUGGCCCAGUCAGCCAACAUGUGACCAACAGCACUAUCACCAUCACUACAGCAACCGCCACUGCUAGUGUAACACACAUCUCACAGGACGCUAAGAGAGAUGCCCUAAGGAAGUGCCUGUCCAUUGGAAUACAGGUGGAUGGUCCUGAGGAAACUGGCCAAUCAGAAGUGCAUUGCAAGUUUCAGUCGGUGGGCAUUCAAGUAGAGGACGAGAGAUGCCAUCGCAGAGUCACACGCUCUAACAGCGUCACCACUGCCGUUCAAGCUGAUCUUGACCUUCUGGAGGGUCUCAGGGACGACCAGUUUGCACAGACCUACCAGGGGCCAAUCAUCCACCAACCAUCCCAAGAUGCAGCCACCUGCACUGUCAGCAUCCAGGGAUCUGGAAACCAUUACCAUGCCUGUGCCCAGGAUGACUUUUGUGAUGUGGGCUUCGACCCGUCCAUUCUGCCCCCGCCAGACCCCUGGAUGGACGGAGCGAUGGAGGAAGAAUAUGGGGGCAGAGUGACAGUGUCCGUGUGUCCGCAGGACGGACGCUGGUUUCUGAAGCUGCUACAGGCAGAGGUGGAGAGGAUGGAGGGGUGGUGCCAACAAAUGGAGCAUGAUGAGCAAAAGAAUGAGCUGCCGGAAGAGAUCCUUGGCAAGAUUCGUAGUGCAGUGGGCAGCGCUCAGCUGCUAAUGUCACAGAAAUUCCAGCAGUUCCGGGAGCUCUGCGAAGAAAACUUGAAUCCCAACGCCCACCCGCGGCCUGUGUCUCAGGAUCUGGCAGGAUUCUGGGAUAUGCUGCAGCUGUCCAUUGAGAACAUCAGCCUGAAAUUUGAUGAGUUACACCAGCUGAAAGCUAACAACUGGAGAGCUCUAGAUCCGCCCGAGAAAAAGGAGAGGCGUGUCCCCCCUCCGGUACCCAGGAAACCGAGGAAGGGUCCCGUCCUGCUGGUGCGAGACCGAUCUCUGGAGGGCUCACAGCGGCUGGAGGCACGCAAACGGCUUCUAGCGGCUAAACGUGCAGCUGCCUCUCAGCGCCAGAGUUCUGUCACAGAAUGUGCAGACAGCAUAGAAAUAUACAUCCCGGAAGCUCAGACACGAUUAUAAUGUUUCGUGCUGAAAAUCCUGAAAAGAGGUGCUUAGAGGCCUAAAUAGACACUGAAACACACCUACUCAAAUUCAACCACAAAAGCACUGAAUGACAAUGACAAGGCAGGGUAGCUGUAAAAUAAUCGCUCCUCUUUUCUUGUGUAAAAGAGAGUUUAUUCACUGUGGGGUUCUACUGUAUGUAUUUAGAACUUAAAGAAAUUGUUCACUCUAAAAUGUAUUAACAUUUUGUCAAUAUAAAUUCACCCGCAUGUCAUUCCAAACCAAGAAUCUUCACACAGGUCUUUUCCAUGCAAUGGCAGUUCUUAGGGACCACGUCUGUUAUGCACCAAAAACCCCACAAAAAACAAACAAACAAAAAAACCUUAAAGUAAUUCAUAUGAUUUGCACUUAUUAUUGAUACAUAUAAAUUAAUAAAUAUACUGUAUAUUAUGUUGUAGUCUUCUGAAGCCAUACAAUAGCAUUGUGUGAGGAACAGACUGAAAUUGUAUCUCAUUUAAAUCAGUCUUGUCUUCAAGAUUACAGAUCACUAGUAUGGAAGAUUCUCAGUGAAUAAUAACUUAAAUCUUGAUCUUUUCGUUGCAUUAAGUUAUAAAAAUGGCUUCAGAAGCCUUGGAAUAUAGUAUAUGAAUCUUAUAGACUACUUUUAUGGUGCUUUUUGUUGUUUAUCUGUCUUUUUUUUUUUGUUUUCUUAACAGACAUGCUUAGUUUGGAAAAUGCGGAGUAAAGAUUCUUCAGAAAUUAAAAUGUUGUCCCUGGAAAAAAUGUACGCAUUCAGGUUUUGAAUGACACGAACGUGAGUAAAUAAUGACAGAAUUUUCAUUUGCGGGCGAACUAUUCCUUUAAUUUUAUUCUCUUUCUCUCUGUCCUGCCAUCUGCGAUGUAGCUCCCUUGUUAAACUCCCAAAGACUUUUAAAUAUUUCUAUUAGACACUAUAUUAUAUUAAAUUGUUAAAUAACCAAUUAUAUAUAUUCAUGCCUUCAGCACAACAUAGUGUGUCUGUUAAUACUACUACCCAAAUAAUGCACACUACUGAGUUUCAGUGAAGUAUUACAUUAGUUUAAUAUUGUCAUUUGUAGAUUUUUGCAGUUACUGUGUAAGAGCCAUAUGUCUUGUUUUCUCAUGGAGGACAUAAACUACUAAAAGGGCAACAAACCGAUUACUUCUGAAGAGUUUCACAUUGAUGUUUGUCUGUGUGUACAGGUUCUGAUAUACUUGUGAGGGCCAUUUAAAAAAAUAAAUGUCCAUAUUUAUACAGUAAAACAUGACAUAAACCAACAUGUAAGAACAUUUAAAGUGGUCAUCACUAUUUAGUGGUCAGAAAUUGGCCAAAUUAGGUUUUGAUUUAAAUCGUGUGGUUUCAGUGAAGGUCAGUUCAGGGGUAAAAGUAGGGUUGGGUUUCAGCAAAUAAAAUGUUCUUUAGCUAAAUACAAUUGUUUAUGAUAUGCCCUCACUAAUAUAGCGAAACCAACGUGUGUGUGUGUGUGUGUGUGUGUGCGCGUGUAUGACAGUCUUUCUUUAUGUUUAAUACACUCUCUGAUGCAUGUCACUGUGCACCUUUGAGACAGGGCGAGUUUGUUCUGUUCUCAGUGUUAGGGGAAAGAAUGUCAAAACCACCUCUCCCACUGUCUUCUCUUUCUUCUCUUAUGUUUCAGCCUCCCAUGUGGUCAUCUUCUCCCAUCCCCUCAAAUCUUCUUUUUUCAGCACAUAUAACCCACCUUGCUCUCCUUCAUUCUAUCUCAUUUCCUGUCUGCUCACUAUCUUUGCUUAGCAGUAGCACCUGUAGUGACGUGGAUGUCCAUCAAAUCUGACAAUUGCAAAAUAUUUACUUGCCCAUUUCAUCUGUAACUGCUCAACAUGUUCAAGUCACUGACGGAAAUGCUGUCGAAAUGCGGCACUCUCAUAAAUUAAUAAUGUGUUAUGUUAUGAAACAUUACAUAAUGGUAAUCAGGGAUUAAAUUGAGCAUUACACUGUGUCCGGUAAAAGCAAUCUCUUCUGUGAAUGUUUUUGAGUGUCGUUUGGUUUCAGCUUCUGCAAUCUUGUGCUGGUUAGCCACACCCACUUUAAAAUCUUAUUGGUCCUGCCGCAUCGUGCCGCAGUUUCACAUUCAAUUUGAAAUUACACAUUUCUUGUCUCUGACAACUUGUAGCAUUGCGCCUGUUUAACUUGACAUUGGAGUACAGGAAACACGCUUAUUUCGAGUAAUGCACACUGUUUAGAGUAUUAUGUAAAUAUUAAACUAUGAACUAUGACUGAUUCCUGAUUACUCACUAAUAUAGCUCCUCACUACAUUUGGCAAUAUGUUUGUAUAAAUCAAUCUAAUAUAAAAUUGCAGUAUUUUUUAAUGCAGAAAGUGUGACGAGUUGUAUACAUAUUUACGACAUGAUAAAACUAAAUCAGAUCUGAAAACAUCUAUUUAUUUCCUUCUCUACCUUUACAUUUCAAAGUAUCGUUUGAAAUACUAAAGCUGCAAUGUCAUGAAUUAAUAAAUGACAUACAGUGACAGAGCAAUUUAUUUAUUUAUUGUAUUAUGAUCGCAAGAGUUAGCAUGAUAGAGUCUUUAUCUUUGGGCAAGCCAGUGUGUGUGUUAUUGCCUCAUCUAAGUGCAUGUACCCAAGUGCUUCCUAAUUUUCUGUCUUUUUUUCAACUCGAAAUGUAGCACAGUUGAUACUUUGUAAUAUAGAUCAGCUUCUUUCCUUCCUGAAUUUUGAUUUAGAUGAAGAUGUAUAUACUUUCAGCAACCCUGCAGAGACAGAGCAAGUAGACAUGUAUUAAAGCAGAGCACAUAACAUCAGUUUAUUCAUUUUCUAUUUAAGGAGCCCCAUUUUAAUUUUUGCAUUUCAGAGUUACACUCUCUUGUGCUGCUCUCGUUUAAUUACAUUUUUUUAAACUGACAUAUUUUUCAAUCUUUGCUUGUCUAUUCUGAACCACACAGUCUCAUCUUUUUCAAUAACAAAUAAUACUAAUUUGCACUUGUUUAAUAGGUUAAAUAAUUAGAGCUAUUUCUUUUUGUUUUGGCUCAAGAUGUUUCACUGUAGAUAGACACAUCACUAUAAAUAUAUUAAUAUUAAUUUCCCAGCAGCCAAUGUGCAGCCAUCCUCUAUUUUACACUUCAGAUAUACACUUCAGUUGCAUUGGCUUUUGUAGUUGUUUCUUUGUAGGGUUUUUGUUAUUAACCAAAAUCUUAGUUCCAGUUAUUAUGCACUAGAGAGCCCUUCUACUGUGGUUAAUAUUUGUUUUCAAAUAUAUCAAUGUUUAAACGCUCGGCCUUAAUUUAUGAAUAUACUGUACUGUAUGAUCGUCAUACACAUUGUAGCCACAGGGCAGACUAUAUAACGUGUAUGAAUGUGUGUGAGUGUAUCUGUGUGUUUUCAUUUGUGUGUAGCCUGUCAUGAAGAGGUCUUAUACUGGAUAUACACCUAAAGCAUUCAAUACUGGCAACAAAUUACCCAUUCAUAUUGAUAUUUAUUUUCACUGAAUCAAUGAGUUCAGUAAUAUUUUGGGACAUUUAAGCUACAGUUCAAAUAUAACUUUGAUUUAUUUAUUUUUUAUAAUUUUUUUACACUUCCAGUUUUAAUAUGCAAAAGAAAGUGACCCAAUGAAAAAUGACCCAUUCAUUUUAGACAGUAAAACAAUAUCAAAUUGAAUGUGGAUGGACAAUCAAUGAUUCAAACUUUGAUUAUUUUUUUAAAAUCCAGAAUAAAUUUAGCAAACUAAAAUAUAGACUAAUUGAAAUAUUAAUUGGUUACAUUAAAAUUUUCUGUGCUUUUUAGAAUUUAAAGAGAUAUUUAUGAGACAUUAGAUAGAGAUGUUGUGAGAUUAUAGCACUUAACUUUAUUCACGAUUUAUCACAAACUUGGACAUAUGUCAUUUUCUUGAUUGUUGUCAUACACUGAUGUGGAAAAUAUUGGUUUAACAUGAUAAGUACUGACUUUUAAGGUUUUAUCACCCAAAAUAGAAGAAAAUUACAUUGUGUAUUAUUGCCAAAAUAUGGCCUGAGCACUACAAAGUACUUUGUCAAAUGAAGGCAGUUUAUUAUGUAUUUCCUGUUCUUGUACAAGCAUAAAAUCUAUCAAAAUGACUGUGUGUAAAUACAUGAAUGUUCUUCAUUGUAAAUGUAACCUACAUCUAAUAAUAUCUUACUACUUACAUUUUGUAUUUACUGUAACAACACUGUUGAUGUUAUUGCACGUGUAUGACAUUUUUAUCAAUAAAAGUUAC